AUGUCCCAAAGCUAUAUGAUACCGUGGCUCUACGACUUCGGAAUAUGGGUUUUUUCAUUAUGUCUUGACAUUUUCUUCCGUGAGAUCUACUCUCGAGGGACAUGGCGGAUUCCCAGGAAUGGUCCGGUAAUCGUUGUGGCCGCACCGCACGCCAACCAGUUCGUUGAUUCCGCUAUAUUAAUGCGCAAUUUAAGAUACUAUGCCAGUCGUCGUACUUCAUUUCUCACUGCCGACAAGACUAUGCGCGAGCCGUACAUUGGCACAAUGACACGUCUGAUGGGAGCAGUAUCUGUUGUGAGAUCUAUGGACCUUGUCAAACCCGCUGAGGGUAAAAUAUACAUUCCUGAUCCAGAAAAUGACCCCACUCUUAUCCGCGGGCAAGAAACAGAUUUCACCAACGGCCAAUUCAUGGAAGGGGGUAUGAUUGAAUUGCGUCUCCAAAAGCCUUUCAAGGAUUUUGAAAAUGGGCUCCCACUCCACAAGCCAUUGCGCGAAGGGACCCCCUUAAAGGUUGCACCGUUCGUUGACCAAAGCCAAAUGUUCGACGCGGUUUAUCGCAAGCUUUGCAGCGGUGGCUGUGUUGGCAUUUUCCCCGAAGGUGGGAGCCACGAUCGCCCUAGUUUCCUCCCAUUGAAAGCCGGCGUGGCCAUCAUUGCCCUAGGUACCCUUGCGCGUCAACCUGACUGCGGCUUGAGCAUAAUUCCUUGCGGCAUGAAUUGCUUCCACCCUAAUAAGUUCCGCUCCCGCGCCGUAAUAGAGUUUGGCAAUCCCGCUCAAGUUCACCCAGACCAGAUCGAAGCUUUCAAGGCAGGCGGCCAUCUGAAACGUAACGCCGUGGGGUCAUUAUUGGAAACAAUUGAAGAAGCCCUUGCCGCUGUAACCCAACAAUCUCCCGACCAUGAGACACUUAUGGUCAUUCAAGCUACUAGAAGACUAUACAAGCCUCUGCGGAUGAGACUCCCUCUACCUGUCAUUAUUGAGCUUAACAGAAAUCUCCUUAAAGGCUACACGCAGUUUAAAGACGAACCUAAGGUAUCCGGGAUCACCAAGUCGAAUGGGGGGAUGUUGAGCAGCGGCCGUGGUGGCUGGUUUUCGGAAUCCUACUUUGCCGUAUUGCAACGCCAAGCACUGGCCUCAUCAGUUGUGAAACUAGAAGGCCGUGACCAAUUGCGACUGUCUGGCUUUAUUACUGUCGUCACGAGGGACAUUACCCAAACGUUGUUCCGUGGUGGAUUGACCUCAGGAAUUAUAUUCCUGAUAUUGUCCCGUUAUGUUGCGAGCAGAGCGGCAGGCAUUGUCUUCCCAAGUUGUGGAGGUGGUCAACACAUUUGGUCCAGAAAUUAUCCCGAUUUCGAAUCGGAAAAACUGGUUCGUGAGGACUCUCACGAUGAUGUGUAUCAAUCUCGACUGAAGAGCAUGCCUCCGAGUAAAUCGGGGAGCCGGAGUAGAAGCGAAAGUAGGGAUAGCCGAUCCAGCAGCAUCAGCUCCUUUCUCAACGAUACUUUACUCAGGCCCUUGUCUACUCUAUCGAAGGAUAACCUAGGUGAGGUGAACCGGAGAAUCCAGGACUCCAAGUCGAAGAAACGCAUACGGCGCUCACGACGAGACGAUGUGUCAGAUGAUGACCUUGUCUUAGUUGACGAAUACUCUAGUGUUAGAAGCCAGCAUUUUACGGAAGAUAAGAAAUCAAGAUGA